CUUUUCCAAUGACCCCUGUCUUCAGAAAAACAGCUCAUUCUUACACGAAAACCACCUUACACACACAACCAACAACAAUACCAGUAGUCCUAGUAUGCUCCUCUUCAAACCCCCCUAAAAAUCCCUCAAAAUAUCUCAAUUUCAAUCAACCCAUCUCAAAUCAUCAUCUCCAAAGCUCAAAUUCACCCAAAAAGAUGAAAUCUUUACACUUCAAUUCAAUCUUCACCCUCAUUUUAUCACUACUUUCUCUCUCCUCCUUCCCCACAGUAACACCAUCAACACAACCCAUGAACUGCUCUGACUCGGGCCGUGUGUGCGCUUCUUUCUUAGCUCUAAAACCCACCCCAAAUCUGACACUCCCCUUAAUCCAAAGCAUGUUUGAUGUGUUGCCAAAAGAUGUAACAGUUGAAAACAGCAAUAAAGAUUUCAUCUUUGUUAGAAAGAACUGUUCUUGUGACCCCAGAUUGAGAGAUUACUUGACAACAACAACAUUUACAGUGAGAAAUGGGAGUGGGUUAGUGAAUGAUUUGGUGAUAAAUUCAUAUCAGGGAUUAGCUUUUUUGCAGAAUAAUAAGAGUAAUAGUAGGAUUUCAAGGGUUGGGGAAGUGGUUUCAGUGAGAUUGUUAUGUGGGUGUUCAAGUGGUUUGUGGAAUUAUUUGAUGAGUUAUGUAAUGAGAGAUGGGGAUACUCUUUCUUCUUUGGCUAGUCGAUUUGGGGUUAGUAUGGAUAGUAUUGAGCAAGUUAAUGGGAUUGAUAAUCCUGAUAAUAUUACUGUUGGAGCACUUUAUUAUAUUCCUUUGAAUUCAGUUCCUGGCGACCCAUAUCCGAUAGAGACAAGUAUGCCUCCAGCUGCAGAGCCUGCGUCAUCAAUUAGCAAUGCGACAGAAAACAGAACAAAUCACAAGGAGCAUGUGCCUUUUGGAUGGAUAGUAGGAGGCCUGGGGGUUGGUUUAGCUGUGAUUGUCAUACUUGUACUCUUAUUCAUUGUGUUCAGAUCGUCAAUCUGUUCCCAGAGUGAGGAAGAAGGUGACUCAAAAGAUCCUAACAGGAGGAGUGCGCAUAAAUUUCAGAUUCUACGGAAUACUAGUUUCUGUUGUGCUUCAGGAAGGUUUUGGAGUAACUCAGAUGAAUGGAAGCAAAGUGUUGCUGAAACGAAUAGCCAUCAUCAGCUAAACAUUCCUAAAGCCAUAGGAAACGAUGCUUUUGAAGUGGAAAAGCCUGUUACAUUCACCUACGAAGAUAUCCUUGCGUCAACAGAGGGAUUCUCAGAAGCAAAUCUUCUUGGGCACGGAGCUUAUGGUUCAGUGUAUUACGCUCUGCUCCAUGACCAGGAGGUAGCAAUCAAAAGAAUGACUGCGACAAAAACAAAAGAAUUCAUGGCAGAGAUGAAAGUCUUAUGUAAGGUUCAUCAUUCAAAUUUGGUUGAGUUGCUUGGUUACGCAGCCACUGAUGACGAGCUCUUUGUUGUUUACGAAUAUGCACAAAAAGGUUCUCUGAAGAAUCAUUUACACGAUUCUCAUAAUAAAGGACAUACGUCUCUUUCAUGGAUCAUGAGGGUCCAGAUAGCUCUUGAUGCUGCUAGAGGUUUGGAAUACAUUCACGAACACACGAAAACUCAUUACGUUCAUCGAGAUAUUAAAUCAAGCAAUAUCUUACUUGAUGGAGCCUUUAGGGCAAAGAUAUCAGACUUUGGGCUGUCAAAACUUGUUGGUACAGCAGGUGAUUUAGAAGCUUCGGCAACAAGAGUAGUUGGAACUUAUGGUUACUUAGCUCCUGAGUAUUUAAGCAAUGGCCUCGCCACAACCAAAAGUGAUGUUUUUGCUUUUGGUGUGGUUCUCUUUGAGUUGAUAUCUGGGAAGGAAGCUGUAAUAAGAACUGAAAGCACGCAAAAAGGUCCAGAAAGGCGAUCACUUGUUUCCAUUAUGUUGGCAGUGCUGAGGCACAUGCCUGAUUCAAUGAGUAUGUCAAACUUGAGGGACUAUAUAGAUGCUAAUCUGAUGGAUUUGUAUCCACAUGACUGCGUACAUAAGGUGGCCAUGUUGGCGAAGCAAUGUGUAGAUGAAGAUCCCAUCUUGCGACCAGAUAUGAAGCAAAUUGUGAUAUCUCUUUCACAAAUCCUUUUAUCUUCUGUGGAAUGGGAAGCCACACUUGCUGGGAACAGCCAAGUAUUCAGUGGCCUUGUUCAAGGACGAUGAAAACAUAUUCAAAUAUUAUGUUUUGAAAUCUCACCUCUUAAAUGUUCAAACUACUUUCUUCUCAUUUUUGGCUUGUAUCUAUUUGUACAGUGGCAGAGGAUUAUGGUGGUUAUUCCCUUUAUCCUAAUCUCUUUUUUCGCUUCAUUUUUUGCGUGCUCUCAGAGUCACAGAGAGAUCUGUAAGAUGUCUUCAAUUCAUUCAACAUCGAUAGCUGUAAUAGAAAUUUCAUAGGCGGAGCUUCACAAUUGUUUGGUUCAGCCAUAGACCGAGUUCAGAGGCAACUACCAGUUAGGCCUGUGUUUUAUAGAUCAAGAGAUUUAUGUUGUACAGUAUACUACAGAAAACAGUAAUAAGAUUAUGGUGCACUAUCUUGCUA